AUACUGAAGCAGAGAGCCACACAUCUUCACAACCCAGGCAGACGUCCCUUCUCAGCUUCAUCUGUCCAGCAUCCCAGAACAGCAUCCUGGCUGAUGGGCAGAGGGCUGAAGUCAACACAGCCCAGAGAGUCAGGAGCGGUCCUGCUGGAACCUGCACCCCCACGCCAUUUUUCUCCAGAUACCUGGCACCAGUGGCUGACAUAAUGCGUGUGGCCGUGAUUGGAGCGGGAGUCAUUGGACUGUCCACAGCCCUCUGCAUUCAUGAGCGUUACCACCCAACACAGCCACUACACAUGAAGAUCUAUGCAGAUCGCUUCACGCCGCUCACUACAAGCGAUGUGGCCGCGGGCUUAUGGCAGCCUUAUCUCUCCAACCCCAGCAACCCUCAGGAGGAGGAGUGGAACCAGCAAACUUUCGAUUACCUGCUGAACUGCCUCCAUUCUCCAAAUGCUGAAAAAAUGGGCCUGGCCCUAAUCUCAGGCUACAACCUCUUCCAAGAUGAAGUUCCGGACCCUUUCUGGAAAAGCACAGUUCUGGGAUUCCGGAAGCUGACCCCCAGAGAGAUGGACAUGUUCCCUGAGUAUGGCUACGGCUGGUUCAGCACAAACCUCAUUCUAGAGGGGAAGAGAUACCUGCCAUGGCUGACUGAGAGGUUAACUGAGAGGGGAGUGAAGCUCAUCCAUCGGAAGGUGGAGUCUCUCGAAGAGGUGGCAAGAGGAGGUGUGGAUGUGAUUAUCAACUGCACUGGGGUGUGGGCCGGGGCUCUGCAAGCAGAUGCCUCCCUGCAGCCAGGCCGGGGUCAGAUCAUCCAGGUGGAGGCCCCUUGGAUUAAACACUUCAUCCUCACCCAUGACCCCAGCCUUGGCAUCUACAACUCCCCGUACAUCAUCCCAGGUUCUAAGACAGUUACGCUCGGAGGCAUACUCCAGCUGGGGAACUGGAGUGAGCUAAACAGUGCCCGUGACCACAACACCAUUUGGAGGAACUGCUGUAAACUGGAGCCCACCCUGAAGAAUGCAAGAAUUGUGGGUGAACUCACUGGCUUCCGGCCAGUCCGGCCUCAGGUCCGGCUGGAAAGAGAACGCCUUCAUUCUGGAUCUUCAAGUGCAGAGGUCAUUCACAACUAUGGUCAUGGAGGUUAUGGGUUCACAAUCCACUGGGGUUGCGCAAUGGAGGCGGCCAACCUCUUUGGGAAAAUUCUAGAGGAAAAGAAGUUGUCCAGGAAGCCUCCAUCCCACCUCUGAGGACUCUAGUGACCACCAUGUGCCCCUAACCCCUUCAGCCAGUUGAUACGCUCCUGGCUGAUUCCGUCUCCCCACGCCCUCCCCAGCCACUGCCC